AUGAGCGUCACCUUGCAUACCAACUUAGGGGAUCUAAAGAUUGAAAUUUUCGCUGAAGCAGUUCCUCGGGCAGCUGAAAAUUUCUUGGCUCUGUGUGCCUCGGGAUAUUAUGAUGGCUGUAUCUGGCAUCGUAACAUCAAGGGAUUCAUGAUCCAAACAGGUGAUCCAACUGGGACAGGGAAAGGUGGCCAAUCGAUAUGGGGCAAGAUGUUUGCAGACGAGAUCAGAUCAACACUAAAGUUCAAUCAACGUGGAAUUGUGGCUAUGGCAAGCAGUGGACGUGAUACAAACAAAUCCCAAUUUUUUAUACUCUAUGCCAAGCAGCCUCACCUUGAUGGUAACUACACUAUCAUCGGAAGAGUCAUCGACGGGGCUAUCAAUGGUACACUCGAUCUCAUGGAAAAGGUAGCCGUAAAUGAAAAACACCGCCCCGUGCAGGAGAUCAAAACAACUGGGGUUACGAUUCACGCGAACCCCAUUGCGGACAAAGAAGCAGACCGGUGA